UCAGCCCUCACCUGUUCUCUUCUGCCCUCUGGCUCUUCAGCGCAGGCCUGUAACAGCAGCAGCAGGAGCAGGAGGAGCAGAGUCAGAGCAGGGUCCCCAGGGUGCUGGGUAGAGACACAGCUUUGGCUCGUCCUUUGUCUGUCUGGGUUAAGAGUGUCUGUUUAAUUUUUAGGACACCUCUGCAUCUGGCUUCGGCCAAUGGCCAUGCAGAUGUCGUCAGAUAUCUGCUAAGAAAGAACAGCCAGCCCAACCUCGCUGACAGCUUCAAGAGAACAGCCCUGAUGAAGGCAGUCCAACAGGAGCAGGAAGAAUGUGUUGCUGUUCUGCUGGAACACAGUGCCGACCCCAAUCUGGCAGACGCUGACGGCAACACUGCCCUUCACCUGGCUGUCCUCUCUAAAAACACAGCUGUAGCAGGGCUGUUACUGGAGCAUCAUGCCAAUAGUGAUGCUCAGAACCAGUGGGGAUUUACCCCCUUCCAACUUGCAGCCUUGCAACAGCAUGAGGAGAUGGAGUGCCUUCUGAAACAAGCAGCUGACAGGCCUGCUCAAGGCCAGGGGGAAAG